AUGGUUGAAUCUGAUAGGUUGUUGUACCAUAGAUUUAAGCAGCCAGGCUUGAGGAUUAAUAAGGAGAAAUCAUUGCAUGAGUGCAUACUCCAGGGCGAAACUAAAGCAAUAAGUUCUAGCCAAAGAAUCAUCUUGCCAAAGAGUUUCAUUAGAGGGCCUAGAUAUAUGUUUAAAGAUUAUUCAAAACUGAGGAUUCUUGAUGACAUAGAUACAUUCAUCUGUGCAAAAAUUCUUGAUAAAGUGAGGAAUCCAAAUUUGUAUGCAGCUGUUGAAAGUACAUGGUCCAUGGACCAUGUGGCCAAUACAACCAUCAUAGUCUGUGCAUGUGAAGAAGAAAAUUUUGAAGUGGACAACUCUUUCAUUGUUCCUUACAACCCAUCGCUACUUCUGAAAUAUGCAUGCCAUAUCAAUGUUGAGUAUACUUGCCAGACUUCAGCCAUAAAAUAUUUAUUCAAGUAUGUUCACAAAGGUAAUGAUAAAGUCACUGCUGCAUUCUACCAAAGUGGUACAUCACAGGUUGAUGAGAUACACAACUACGUUGAUUGUAGAUACAUAUCUGCGUGUGAGACAGCAUGGAGGUUGUUUUCUUAUCCUAUUCAAAUAAAGGAAUCGACAAUUAUCAGAUUGUCAUUUCAUUUACCAGAUGAUAAAAAUGUGAUCUACAAAAGAUUCUACUGA